AAACUCAAGAUCCUGGCACCAGCUUUGUGAAAGCUAGAAGUAAAAGUCUGCUGCGCAGCUAAAACUAACCCACAGUGAAGAUGCCUUCCUAACGUCCAUAUCAAACACCAACCAAUACUGCCCUCCUCCCCCGUCCUUCCUUCAAAUUGACACACUAGUCUGUCGACUGAGCUCACAUUCGAACCCGCAUUUUCACGCCAAAACCGUCCGGUGGCGAACACGGUCGCGAGCUCAUGUCCUGACUUGUGGUGAAGGAAAGGUGUCUCGAUUGCGAGCCUACAAGUAUUGUUUAUCGAGAGUUGAACAGAAUACUAUUCGACGUGGAAGGCAGCCAGUAUAGGCAGGGAUGAUGGGGAGAACAGUUGCUGUAACUGGAGCAAAUGGAUUUCUGGCUUCCUGGGUCGUUAAGCUUUUAUUGGAACGUGGAUACAAUGUGAGAGGAACGGUAAGAAAUCCAGAUGACCUCGACAAAGUUGGGCAUUUGCUGGAGUUGCCUGAAGCCAAAGAAAGACUUGUUCUUUAUAAGGCAAAUUUGUUGGAAGAAGAAUCAUUCCAUGCCAUUUUUGAGGGGGUUGAGGGUGUCUUCCACGUUGCAUCACCAGUUCCAUCCACCACACCAGAUGAUUUAGAGAACAACCUUCUCAAGCCUGCAUUGAAGGGGACCUUAACGGUUCUCGAGGCUGCUAAAAAAUCCAAGAGUGUUAAGCGAGUUGUUGUUACAUCCUCCGUUUCUGCCAUGUUCAAAUCUGAAGCUGGCGAGAAUAGUGGCAAAGCAAUUCUCGAUGAAACCUGGUGGAGUGAUGAGGAAUACUGCAGAAACUUCCAGGGAUGGUAUGCCCUUUCAAAAACACUAGCAGAACGAGCUGCGUGGGAUUUCGCGAAAGAGAAAGGCUUGGACGUAGUGGUCAUGAACCCAGGCACUAUGGUUGGUCCCAUUUUGCAAGGCUCAGUAAAUGCCAGCACUUUGAUUGUCCUAAAGUAUCUGAAUGGUUCACUGAAGGAAAUUCCGAAUCGAGUCUUUGGAUUCCUUCAUGUGAAGGACGCCGCUUUGGCUCAUAUCAUUGGCUUUGAAGACCCAUCAGCUGAAGGGCGUUACCUGCUGGUUGAGAGGGCAAUUCAUGCAAAGGAACUUGCAGAUAUGUUAAGAAUCAUCUGCCCCAAUUGCCCCGUUCCCGAAAAGUGUGAAGAUAAUGGACCACCUCUUGAGGCGAACUACUGCUGUGACAAAAUAAAAAAACUUGGUUUAGUGUUCACCCCAUCUGAGGAAGCAUUGAGGGAGUGUGUGGAAUCUUUUAAAGCUAAAAAAUUGAUAAACUGUUGAAAUUUCGAGGUGACGAUAUAAUAAACCCGUGAAAUGUUUGAAGAAGCAUAUGAUGACAUGUACCUUUUGACGUACAGUACUAUCUUCCGGCUUAGAUUCGGAAGAUGUGAGAGCAAAAUAAAUGUCUUUUUGAGAGCUAUUUUCGGAAUCUUUAUUUUCAAAAUUAUGUAUUUAAAAUUUUGCAGGUAAAUUGUCUAAUACAGAUACACAAACGACAAAAAGUUACAGACUAUGACAACGUUGUCCAGUACAAUGUUAGAUUCUGCCUGUUUGUUAUACAGUCAUGAGACUGUACAUAUCUAAUUAGUUCAAUGCCAUUUCUUUUUAUUCUCCAAUAUGUGAGGCCAACGGCCAGUGUUAUUAAC